UAUAUUUGUAGUUGUAAUUUGUAAUUAAUUUUUAACAUUAAAAAUGUCUGAACGUAAAGUUUUAAAUAAAUAUUACCCACCGGACUUCGAUCCUUCGAAGAUCCCUCGUAUGAAAUUACCAAAAAAUAGGCAGUACACAGUGAGACUAAUGGCCCCAUUUAAUAUGAGAUGUGCUACUUGUGGAGAAUACAUCUAUAAAGGAAAAAAGUUUAAUGCAAGAAAAGAAGACGUUGAGAAUCAAGAUUAUCUAGGCAUUAGAAUAUAUAGAUUUUAUAUUAAGUGUACUAGAUGUUUGCAAGAAAUAUCUUUCAAAACUGAUCCCAAAAAUACUGAUUAUGAAAUAGAAGCUGGUGCAACUAGAAAUUUCAUGGCAUUGAAGUUGGCAGAGGAGCAGGCUUUAAGGGAAGAGGAGGAAGCAAAAGAAGAGGAAGCUAAUAAUCCCAUGAAACUUUUAGAAAAUCGUACACAACAAUCUAAAAAUGAAAUAGAGUUACUGGAAUCACUAGAAGAGUUAAAAGAUUUAAACAAGAGACAGCAAGUUGUAGAUUAUGAUACAAUGUUAUCAGCAUAUGAUACUAGCAUUAGUGAAAAAGAAAGAGAGGAGAGGAUGCAACAGUUAGAUGAAGAAUAUAUUAAAUCUGUCAAAUUUUCAUCCACUUCUAAGAGGAAACUAGUAGUAGAAGAAGAAAUAAUUGAAGAGGAACAACCACUGGCAAAAGCAACUAAAAGUAAUGAUGAACCAGCAAAUCCAAUUUCUAAUCAAAAUCCAAGUUCAAGUUGGGCUAAAAGUGAAGUGAAUUUGAAACCAGCACCAAAGAAAAAAACAUUAAUAGGCUUAGUCAAAACCAAUAAAAUUAAUCAAAGUCCACAAGAACUAGAUAAAAAUAAGAAUAAUAACCCUCCCCAACAAUCUACUGUAGGAGGACUUUCAUCACUAUGUGCUUAUUCUGAUAGUGAAGGUAGUGACAAUGAGUAAUGUUUUUUUAUUUUUCAGUACAUAACCCUUUAUGUCUAAUUUUUUGUACUAAAACUAUAAUAUAAACCAGUUUUAUAUUUUGAAAAUAAAUUUGUUUAGUUUUA